ACGCAUGCGCAUUGAUUAUUUACACUUAGCUUCGGUUGCCUUGGAGAACAUCAAAAUGGCGGACAAUGUAACUUAAAAACUGCACGAGAAAACUUCAAAGUUUUCUACAAAUAUAAAUAUGUUUUCUAUGACGGAAAUUGGGGGGAAUGCAAGUGAAGUUGGUGAAAUCCUUGUCAAGGUUCAAGAUGACUUAAGACAUCUUAAAGAACAAAUUAUUAGUUCACAAGUGAUUGGCUCRACGCAAGUCAUAGACCUUCACACUUUAGAAACUGCUAUAGAAAGAACUGAACAAAGUGUUAGGGAAAAAGCUGAGCAAGUCAUCAAUGUGUCCAAUAACAGAGUUCUAACCUUACCRUCUAUUGAUAAACCAGUGAAUAAGAAAAGACCUGAAGUAGAAAGCGAGCAACAGAUAUCACGGCUGAACAGAAGCAAGUCUGCUAAGGAAACCUCGUACAAGGGCCUACUGGAACCUAUUCUUGUUGCAAAAGAAGGAAACAAACCAUCACCAAAUGCACCAGCACCAGGACAGCAGGCAAAGAAUUUAAGGGAACUUCAAAUAAUCAGUAAUCCAAGUAAUGUGUCAGCAAGAGCUUUGUUAAGUGAAAAGUAUGGUGUUGGAUUACCAAACUUGGGCAAUAAAAGGGAACAAGCAAAGGAGAUUCCAGGAAAAGUCAUCACAGGUUCAACGUCAGACCAUCUUAGCACCUUGCCCAAAGCGAACAGAGUUGACCCAUCUUGUACACCUCCGCCCAUUUCUGAAGAUGAUGCCCAGAAAGGCAUUCUGAGCUUAAUUGAGCGAGGGCUAAUACCGCCUGCAGCAGAAUUAACUCUUCAGCCAUCACCAGUGCGCCAUGUCCAAGCACCUCUUCAUGACCUCAGCACACAGACAAACAAGAACCGUGCUCCACCACCAGCUGAUGUUGUCGGAGUUGGUGGGUACAACCUUGCAGUUAUCAAGAUGGAUCCAUCGUCAGUCAAACUAGCCAAAGAUUCAUCGUUGGCUGAGAAGAAGAAACGUUCAAAAUCGGCAGGACAACAACAUCCACCUCGACCACAUCAGUUGAAUGAUGGUUGGACUGAUAACUAUCGACGAAAACCUUUACCACUUAAAGCUAUUGAAGGUCCAGAACAAGUCCCAGUCCCAGUCCCCACUCCUCAAAGUGGUCUGAAGAGCAUUCACAAGUUUGUCAUUCAAAAUGGGAAAACAAGAGUGACUUCGCAGGACUACUUGGACUUUAAACAACAUUACUGUCUUUCCUGGGGAAGUAUCCUUACCUUAAUCAUUCAGCUGGAAGAACUCAUGACAAACUACAGCGUACCCAUUGCAUUUAUUGAUGGUGAUAGGCUGGCUGAUCUUGCCUUAGUAUUUGAACUUGAACAGCAACCAAGUUUAGAGCACUUUCUUACUUGUAUCCUCAAUGGUGAUGAUGUCGAGAAAAUCAUUAAGACACCGGGAAGGCGAUACAUUGGUCCAAGAGGAUCUGAAGUAGCUGCAAUUAAAAUCCAGUCUACUUGGCGAAGAUACAAGGAUCGAACUGCGUAUCUCUUGUACAGGAAACAGAAAUGGGCUGCAGGUGUCAUUGCAAUAUCAUGGAUCAUGAAUUGCAAACUCUCGAUGAUAAGGAAACAACUCAAAGAAACUAGAAAAAAUCAACUUGAAAGGUUUAAAGUGAGGAGUAAGAAAUUCAARGAAGAAUGGAGUCGAAUCAAACAGUCCAGACGUGUUGUCAUUCAUAUCCCAUCCAUGGGACAUGCGCAACACAUACGAGAUGGUCUUAGUGAUAUCAAUAUAUUGCAGAACUUACAGAUGGGAAGAUUAUGUGAUAUAGCAGACCCCAGGGUAGAAGUAAUUUACAUAUGUCCUGUGGAAGUCAAUGAGGAAGUUUACCAGUACUACUCCAAACUUCUUGCUAUGAAGGCCAGGCCUCUAAGUAGUACCCAUAARUCAUCUGAAGAUGAGGAUGAUAUUGAAAAUCGAUACAAAAUCAUUGUCCCGGAUGCUGUACAUAGUUUCCCGACUCAUAAUAUGUGUCUGUCGUCAAUUCUAAUGUACAGCCCUMGAACUAUUAAAAGAAUAAAAAACCUCAUCAGAGGUCGUGAUGCGUACAUUGUCCCUGGUGUUCUACAUAAGGACGAYAUUUACGUAGCUGAUCUACUUGAUGUUCCRAUCUUUAGUCCAGAACCGGAAGUGGCUCAGCUGUACUCGACGAAGUCUGGGUCCAAGCGGAUAUUCCUUAGUGCUAAAGUAGAUAUCCCAUAUGGACAGUUUGAUAUCUACAGUCUACCUCAGCUCCACGAAUGCCUUGCUCAGCUUGUAACAGAAAAUCUCUACGUGAARCGAUGGCUUUUCAAAAUGGAUAAUGAAUUUGAUGGGCGAGGGACAGCUUACUGUGACAUCACCCCGCAUCUAAAGUGUUAUCAGUGGGCACUAAAGGAAUGCAAUCGCUAUGGCGAGAAAUGGAGCAAGAAAUGGGCUCACGAGCCCACACUCAUUAAAGUGUCAGCGGAAAUUGCAGAUAUAUUAAUCCAACAUGCUACACCAGUUAAAAAGUCACUGUAUCCAACAUGGGACCGAUUUCUUCAAGACUUUCUAAAGAGAGGGGGGGUUAUCGAGGCUUGHCCACCUUCAGAGAGUGUAACAGCUCUUACCAUAGAUGUUGUUGUUGAACCAAAUGGUGAUACGAAAAUCUUAUCCAUGGGUGAUCAGAUUCAUGCGGCCUCACCCUUCAUGUGUUGGGGUUAUUCYGUACCACAAGCGUCCGUCGAGUCUGGUCAACUCUGUUUUGCAGCAGAGAAUAUCGCCCUGGCCUGCAAACUUCGAGGUAUCAUCGGACAUUUUACCGUGGACUUUGUUACAUUUAUUGAUCCCACAUCGAUGGAGCAAUGCCUAUGGGCAGUAGAUCUCAAGCUACAGUAUAGUGACAGCGCUACUAUGACAAACCUCAUGCUGUAUGUGAGUGGAGGUCAAAUCGAUGCAACCAGRUCUGCUUUUGAAGUUCCUGUAAGACGAAAACGAGAAGAAAGCGGCAGAAGAAGACGAAGGAGAGUUCAUGAAGAGGAAGAGUUACCUCCAAAUCCAAACCGUUACGCCAUCAUGAGCACGCAGCUGACACACAGCAAUCUAAGUGUUAUCCACUACAGUGUGUUUUUCCAAAUGUGCCGUGCACAUGGAAUAGGCUAUGAUAUGAAGGAACGCGCUGGCACUAUCUUUACUCUUGUGGACAGUUCCAAAAGAGACCAUCUUGGAAUGCUUGUAAUGAGCGAUGAUCUACAAGGAUCUUUAUCCACCUUUGCGCGUAAUUUAUCAGUGAUUCACCAAGAAAUAUCUGCUCCCAACAUGCAAGGAGAGAGCAAUUUCCAGGUAUUUUAAUUAACAAUUUUGA